UAAACGUCAAUUUGUCAAACAGUUUUCCACGAAAAAUUGUGAAACUGCGAUUUAAUGCAAUAAUUCUUAUUAUCACUGUUAUGAAAUAAGAUACACAAAAUGAAUCAAGCAAUCAACGUAGAACAACUCAACUCUGCAUUGACAUCGCUCCGAACAGUCCGUUCGAGUGUGAGCCUUGUUUUUGAAACUCUUUCCAAUGGACUGCGUGCCGAUCACGGUGAAGAUGGCAAAGACAAAUUUCUCAUGGAGUUGCAGGAACUUCUUAACAUUGUAAGCAACAAUCUUCGGGACCUGGAACAAACUGUCAACGGUCUGCCUAUUCCCGUUCCAUUUAACCUCGGUAACACAACAUAUUUAAGUCAAGAAACUACACAAGAUCGUCAAGCAUUGUAUACUCAACUUGUAAACAGUUACAAAUGGACCGAUAAAAUCCACGAGUACAGCUCCUAUGCACAUACAUUAUUAAGUCAGAACUCCUUGAAGCGAUCUUACAUAAAUUCUGGAAGCACAAAGCGUCGCGGGAAACUUCAAAGCAACCACAACGUGGCACCGCUGCAAGUGGAUAACGUCAUAAAUAAUAUCGACAGAUCUUACAACGAUAUGAAGAUAACAAUAUCACGGCCUUUUGCAAGUAAUGCUGUUGUUUCCAUCAACUUAAGCCAUGUUUUAAAAGCCGUAGUGGCUUUUAAAGGAUUACUAAUGGAAUGGGUGAUGGUUAAAGGCUAUGGUGAAACAUUGGACCUGUGGACUGAAUCUAGGCACCAUGUUUUCAAAAAAGUGACUGAGAAUGCCCAUGCAGCUAUGCUUCAUUUCUACUCUCCAACUCUUCCGGAGUUAGCGGUGAGGUCAUUUAUGACAUGGUUACAUAGUUAUGUAAAUUUGUUUAGCGACCCAUGCAAAAGAUGUGGCUGCCACCUCCACCACACGUCUCUACUGCCGCCUGCAUGGCGUGACUUCCGUACCCUUGAACCGUUUCAUGAUGAGUGCAAACAAUAGUUAAUGUGGUAUUGAAUAGGAAAGCUCAAACUGUUUUCAUGUUCCUGCUUUCCUGUUCAAUAUUAAUUGAAAAUAAAGACUAUAUCAAUAGUGAAUGUGAUGAU